CAUAUAUCUCUUGACAAUUGCAUCUACCAACAUGAUUCUUAACCAACUUCUUAUCACAUAAUAUCAUCUUAUCUCAAUAUUAAUAUUACGAUCAUGUCGGAUGCGAUAGGAAGCAAAAUGCUAGGGCCGCCGGGACGCUGAUAGCCUAGGUUGGGUGCUGGGCUUGGCACCGCCCCUAGUAGAGAAAGAAGGCAACAGAGACGAACCGUUGGGAACUCGACAUCACCACCACCUGGCCUUCUCGUUUCCCUCUUUUCCUCUCUUCGCACCCUCCUCAUCUUUCGUACUGUCCUUCAGUACGACAUUCCGGUUCUUUCUAUCGGUGUCUUCUCCCUGCCUUUCAUCAUGGCCUUCAAGAGCGGGUCCUUUGCGACCUUUCUGAUCGUCUGCCCCGUCUGCUUCUUCCUCGGAAUCGUCUUCUCCCUCUUCCCCUACGACUAUCCCAUCCUCUGGUCGACCGCUCUAACCCCUCCCGCCCACUAUGACUACGUCGAGGCACACCUCCGCUUCCUGCACGCCUCGCCGCCGUUGAUCCCGCGAAUCCUCCACAUCGUGAUCUUCCUCGGCCUCGCAGGCCUCCUCACGAAGCUCUACAAACCCUCCGAAUCCAACAUGCUCUUCGACGGCGCCUCCCUCGUCCUCUACAUGUGCGGCGUGACCGUCUACAUCGCCAACAUCGUCAAGGGUCUCCGCCUCGUCUCCGCAGGCAAGUACGGCGACGACCUCGUCACCUCCGCCGAAGAAAAGGAUCAGAUCCUCGGCCGUGAAGACUCGCUCAAGGUCCUCUCCGCUAGUAAUACCAUUCUCGCGUUGGUGUUGGUUGGUGUGCUUGUUUUGCAGGCCGGCCAGUGGUAUGCUGAGCGGAAGGAUGCGCAGGAGUUUGAGUCUUUCUCGAAGAAGGGAGGCGAGGAGGAGUCCAAGGCUUCUGCUGAUGGUGGUGAUGCUGCUGACGCUACCGCUGACGAGGCUACGUCUUCCUCUGUCAAGGUGGGGAGGCAGGGAAGCCUGAAGAAGAAGAACUGAGCGGUUGGGUGUGGCUGUAUGGCUGGUUUAUAAGAUUGCAUAUGAGUGUUGAUUGAGAUGUUGAUAUGCCCUCCUCCCGAGUAGCGCGAAUUCUCUUUGGUUUUAUUAUUUAUGAACGGGUUUAUACUUCGUAUAUGUAGGUCUAUAGGUGAAAUGAUCCGAUAGGAUUGUGGAUAAAAGCAAAAGCAAAAUUGUUUCAUGGCUAUAUAUAGUAUCUACUUUCGUUCAAUUCGUUCUAUGUACAUGGCGGGGAUGGAAAUUACAACAAACAAACAAACAAACAAAUCAAUAAAAGGCCCAAAAAAAACAAGUCGAGAAAAAGAUAGUAGUAUAUAAUCAAUGCAGCAGGGGAAUCAUCGGGUGAAAAAGAGAGAAAUCCAAAAGCCAAAAAAAUGAAGAU